AUGGCCAUGAACAAUGGAGCCCUCACGGGCCACGGGGCUGGAUCACGGUCCCGAAGUAAUCCGUGGCCCGAGGACCAGUCAGCUCGCCAACGGCACCAAGUUAGAAGUGGACCGAAUGCGUACAUAAGAAACUUCUUUAAUACAUGCUGGAGAAUGAAGGGUCUUUGCAAGGGAAAAUGUUCAAGCAGUGAAAUAUAUCACAUUUUGUGUGACACGUCACUUCUGUGCUGCGUGCAUAAAAAGUAUGUGCCUUUACAGCUUGGGAAAUAG